UUUUAACACUUGCUAGAAUGUCAGCGUUAGGACAAGAGGCCGGCCGUGGUGCCAUAUAUGUGUGUGUGUGUAUAUUUAGGCUUUGGCUUUGCUGUGAAACUGCUCAUCUGUCUCCUUCACGUCAGUUUCAGAGGUCGUUUUCCCCUCUCGUGCAGCAGCUGGUGUUUGGUUUUAUAAUGAUCCCUGGUGCAGGGUUAUUCCGGGGUUUCUGCGGGCGCUGGGCUGUGUCCCAGCUGUGUUUGUUCCUGUAGGCGCAGUAGCAGUGCAGGCCGUGCUUUGCUCAUUCCUCAGGCGUUAGUUUGCUAUUUAAGCCUAGUUACAGCGCUCCGUUCUGGCAGUGGGAUUAGCUGUAUGCCUUUAACUACAGAAAUGCAGGCUGUAGAAUUGAGCUUAGGUUCAGUAAACUCGUUAGCGCUCAGCUCGUCUGCGAGUGUUUGUGUAAGGCUCAGGGGUGUGCAAGGGGUGCUGGGGACACAAGAGCUGUACUGUCUGGUUAUCAUUGGGAAUUACAGGUUGAAGUCCUUCCCUAGAGGUAUAAGUGAGUCAGAACUGCAAUCAAACCAUCCAAGGCAUCUUUUUCAGGCUGGAAUUGUAGUUUUGAUGUCAAUGAAGAGCAGGAUACCUCUCAUUCUUCUAGCUUGUGGCUCCUUUAACCCCAUCACAAAUAUGCAUAUGCGUUUAUUUGAGCUGGCUAGAGAUCACCUGCACCAAACAGGAAGAUACCAAGUGAUAGAAGGCAUAAUGUCUCCUGUCAAUGAUGACUACAGAAAGAAAGGCUUGGUUCCAGCAAGGUACCGGGUAGCAAUGGCAAAACUAGCACUGGAGACAUCUGACUGGAUUCGAGUUGAUCCGUGGGAGAGCGAGCAGGAGACGUGGACAGAGACAGUAACAGUGUUAAGGCACCAUUACAAUGAAUCGCUCAGACUGCUGCAGUACAAGAAGGAAUUCAUAAAGAACAAACAGCCCUUAGAAGGAUCUACAGAGAAUUCCCUUUCUUCCCACUACACAGUUCUACCAGAAUUAAAGCUGCUUUGUGGGGCUGAUUUUCUACAGACAUUUCAGACACCCAAUCUUUGGAAGAAAGAGCAUGUCAAAGAAAUUGUGGAGAAGUUUGGGUUGGUCUGUAUAAGCCGUGCUGGCUCUGAUCCUGCUCAGUAUAUCAGUGAAUCAGAACUUUUAACUAAAUUUCAUCACAAUAUCUUUCUGGUGAAAGAAUGGAUUCAGAAUGAAAUAAGUGCAACACAGAUACGUUAUGCCUUGUGCAGAGGAUUAAGUGUAAAAUAUCUUGUCCCAGAUUCUGUCAUAUCCUACAUUGCACACCAUAAUAUCUACACAGAAGAAAGUGAGCGGAAGAAUGAAGGUGACUUGCUUCAGCCUCUUCGGUUGCAUAACACAACAGUAAGCCCACUAAAUGACUGAUGCCGGUAGUGUGUGGAGAGGACAGACAUUGCAUUUUUUUUUUUUUUUCCAUGUGAAAUUUUGGAAAGAUGUUUCCCCUAAUAAGGGGAAAAUACAUCAGCCCAAAGUUUCUUGAAUUCAUGUGGUGUUUUAAAUUGAUGUUUUCAUUUGUGGCAGUGCUUUAUCCAAUCAGCACACUCAGUUGAAUAUAUUAAAAAUAGAAGGAAAAAAAUCUUAGCAAUAAAUAAUAAUCUCCAGUAAUACUUAAAGGUCAAAUAUGGUACUUUUCUGAACUGUAAUUCUUUAAUCCUACAGGCAGUUUAGAAUGAAGAUGCCUUACUGUUCUGAAGCAGCAAAAUUAAAUGAGCCAUAACUUUUUCUUACUUAUAUAUAUAUAUCUUUUUACAUAUAAAAAUGUGUAUAUAUAUUAAAAUGUUUGUGUAUAUCUAUAAAAAAACACUCCUAAGCUUUUGACUUUCUGGACCCCUGAAUAAUUUUUGCUUCUGAUGGGUACAAGUGGUGUUUUGGCAGUUAGGACAAGAGAUAGAAUAGAGCCUUUUUUCAUGCAAGUGCUUAAAAAUGCAUGCACAAUUCAUGUCAGUUGUAUAUCUCCUGAUUUACAAAUGAAAGACAGUCCUUAUCAUUAAAUGUAAAGUGUUUCUUUGCCUCUGUGAUCCAGAAUAAGUAAUUCGAAGAGUAAGUAAUUGCCAAAGCUGUGGAAUAGAUAACAUAUCCAAAAGAACUGGGUCAUUAGCAGCUUUUUUGCUGUUGAAAAAGUGAGUUAAUGUUGUCAGUCAUAUCAUAAAGUGAAUCAAAAUGUAGUUGAUAUUCUCCAUGGAUUAAUUUAUUUUCUUAAUUUAUCUUGUAUUUUCUUGUUCCUUUGUCAUGGUAGCAAUGUAAAAGGAAAAAAAUGUAUUUUUGUUUUUCAGAGAACCCUAAAAAAAAAAACUUUUUUCAUGAGUAAUACUAAAACAUGUCCAAUCUUUACUAGGCCAGAGAGUCAAGCUCAAAUUUUUGUUGUAUAAAAAAUGUAAGUUAUGUUGUCUUUUUUUUACAGGUGUAUUUACUUUUAAGUAAUAGGAAAAGGUGGUAUCAAAUAAACAAGUAAGGAAAAAAAAACAAACACUCUUCAUUGCAGUUUAAAUAUAACACACUAAAGUUUCAAUAAGUUGUUCUUUUCAGAACUGUUACUUAGACUAGGUGUAUCUGUUUGUAAAGAAAACCAUUAAUUCAGCAUAGUCCUCUGUAUUGAUGAACAAAUAAAAUGGAAAAGAUACUGUUUUUGUGCCAAAA